AUGUCUGUGCUGAGAGAUUAUUAUUAUAAGCUCAGCUCGGAAAUUCCUCAGGAGCGUAUUGAAGCGGCCACAGGAUUGUUGUCAGAACUUUCUGCGGUCAAUAAAAAGGAGGAAUGGGAUUACGCUCUUGGAAGAUUGAUCAAAGGUCUUUCGACCUCGCGCCAAACUGCGAGAUUUGGCUUUUCCAUGGCUCUUACCGAGCUCGUGCGUGAGCUUGUUUUGAAAGAAGACUAUGACUUGUCCAUAUCAUCAAUGCUUGAUAAGAUUGUCGAUGCGACACAAGUGUCUAGUUCCAUGAAGGGAAAAGAGUUACGUUCUGUUUUAUUUGGGCGUCUCUUUGGAUUUCAGGCAUUGGUCAACUCAGAGUUAUUACUCCAGAAAGAAUCCUCUUCACAGGAAGACCUUCAGAAGUUUGUACGUCUUCUUGUUGAACUAUCAGGAACCAAGUCAUGGUUGAGGGAAUCUGCCAUGUUUACUAUGUGCCAGUUUCUUGGGUCGUUCUUGAACUCUGAUAUGUUCAGUGAGGAUACUCUUGUCACCUUUUUACAAGUUAUUAGCGACCAGGACUUAACUUUCACUACGGAAGGACUCGCUGUGUAUUUGGUUAUUCCGCAACCUCUACGCUCGCGAGUUGCGCAGAAAGUGACUGGAGUCUCUCUUUGGAAAAACGGGGAUCCGUUGAGUUCAGGUAACUUGCAAGUGUUGGCUAAAGUGAUGAAAGAUGUAGAUGUCGUGUCUGAUGAAAGUUCCGAAGAGGCAGAGUCGAGCAACAAGAAAAACAAAAACUCAAAGCAAAAAGGAACUUGGUCGCCUCGUUUACCGUUUGCGUGGGAAUAUCUAGUGAAGCACUUUGCAGCUAAAGAUUCCGAUGAUGACUCUGAAGAAAUACAAGAAGAACAUUCCAAGAAGAGAAAAAAGUCUGGAUCAAGUUCUUCCAAAAAGAAAGCAAAGUCUGACACAUCUGGGGCUAUAUCAUUUAAGGAGUUUUGGAAAGUUGUUGUUGACGAGACCAUGUUUGCUGAAAAGUCUUCUUCAGAAAGAAAAUACUGGGGCUUCGAAGUGUUCAUGAAAUUCAUUUCUGUCCUUCCUGCUAACCUUGUGGAGUUUCUGUUCACACCCAACUUCAUGAGAUGCUUGAUCAAUCAAUCUGCCCUACAGAAUAGACUCUUAAACAAAAUAUCGACAAAAGCUAUCAACACUAUCAUUGAAGUGUCACAGGCCGAUCUCUCCAAGGUUGUGCCUUUCCUUAAGUGUCUCAUCAAUGAAAAAUGUGGUGGAAGCUGGAACUUUGAUCCUAUGACCAAAUCAAAAGUCACAGACGCUCUUGUUGGUGUUUUGGGCUAUGUGGAGGAUGUCAACCUGGUCAGUGACUCUCAAGUCGAUGAGCUCGUGAAUUCCAUCAAAGAGGUGUUGGUGGCUAAGUUUGAUGAGGCUCUCGCAAGUCAGAUAGAACCAGAAAAUACCGAUGUUCUUGCGCAUAAAAAGUCUAAUGACAAUAUCCUCAAAUGGGUUUUGGAUAAGCUACUUGUUCUCAUAAGAAGCACUAAAAGAUUUAAGGCAUCCAAGUCAAAGCUGUUGGAAUCAAUUUUCAAGUUCUUGAUUCAACAUUCAUUUUUCAAGGCAAAGAAUGCGCCCAGCGUUUCGAGCAAUAUUUUAAAGUUGAUCCAGGAUCGUCUCAACUCUUUCUUGUCUGAAGUUAUAUUGUCAAAGAGAAAAGAACAUUCUUGGUCGUUCUACUGCGUCAAGCAAAUCAAAAAAUUGGAAGACAACGAUAAAUUUGAGUUGGUACUUGAACUUGAUUCUGACCUUGAUGCCAUUAAAGAAGAUGGAUUGGAAAUGAUAAAUACAAUCAAGGACGCUAUGAAACGUGAUCAAGCUCACAAGGACCAACAAUACUGUUUCGAACUCUUGUUCUCAAUGGUUUUAAUUCAGUUGUACAUGGGUGAGGCUGAAACUGUCGACGUUCUUCAAGAACUCAAAGACUGUUAUGUUGAAACAUUUAGUGGCGGAAAAGAAGAAAAUGACUCUUCUGUGACAAUGACCGAAAUCAUUUUAUCCUUUGUUUCUCGCAAGUCAUCCUUGUUAAAGAAGCUUUCUACCAUUGUUUGGGAGUCUCUUUUGUGCGCCAAAGGUGCCGACGGCAGACUUAUGAUCAACGAUGCAUGUUUUGAUCUAUUAUUCGCCAUUUUGAAGACGAAGGAGAACGAAGAGGGUCAAAAUGCUUUGUUUGAAGGUGAAGACGAAUUCAAUGCUGCCAGCGAAGAUGAUGAUAACGACGAAGACAAGGAAAAUGAUGUCGAGGACCAAGGCGAGGAUCAAAUUAACGCAGAAUCUGACGUUGAAAGCAACAAGUCUAUCACGUCUGAAUCAGAAAGUGAUGCGGAUGAUGAAGACGAAGGAGAAACGGAUGCUGAUGAUAACAUUGAGAAAAAGACGAACAUUAAAUUGGCUAAGGCAUUAGGCAUACCUACAGAAUCGAGUGGAGAAGUGAAGUUUGAUGAGAUUGAUUCAUUUGGCGAAGACGGCGAUGAUUACGAGUCCGAGUCUAUGGACGAUGAACAAAUGAUGGCCAUUGACGACGAACUUUCAAGAAUUUUUGUUGAAAGAAGAAACGCUCUCUCAGCAAACAGCACCAACAAAAAGAAAGCAGAAAUGUUGGAGGCGAAGGAAAAUAUUACCCUUUUCAAAAGUAGAGUACUUGAUUUACUUGAAGCUUUCAGCAAGGAACAACCCAAUUCCAUUUACAAUCUCAGUUUCAUUAAACCUAUAAUUACACUUAUGAAUCUGACGAAAGAUAAGAACUUGGGUAUGAAAGCACACAAGCUUUUGAAGACAAGAAUCAGCAAAACUAGAAUUACACUAGAAGAGUUUGCGCAAUUGUAUGAGACUGAAGAGGAAAAAUCCAAGUUCAAGAAGACCCAAAUCGAGACCUUGGAAUGGCUCCAGUUACAAGCUGGCAAGUACUCCUCUAAUCAAGCCCAUGCAUCGGCUUGCGGACAAUCUUGUAUUAUUAUCUCUAAAGCAUUGGUUUCUAUCGAUAGUCUGUUGUUGGAGACUAUAAUCAACAUCUAUACAAGAACGUUGUUGGUUUGGGCCACUGAGCUGAAAAACAGAAUACAAGCAUCCAUGUUUUUCGAUUUCAUCAACUGGCUCAAUUCCAAAAGAAGCAACCACACAUAA